GUGGGCCAGUGAGCAUUCCAGACUGCAUUCCAGUCCAUUCAGGAGUGAGUUGAUGUGACUGUGUUUUGCAGAAAGAGCUGGCUGAGGUGCAGACAGAGAAUCAUCAGAGACUGAAAGAAAGAGAAGGAGAGCUGAAAGACAUGAAGAAGAUGCUGGAGGCAACAAAGCGCUCAGCAGACAGGGUACGUGAUGACACAGAGACAGUGCUGUCGGAGCUCCAGCGCUCAGUGGAGAGGCUCCAGGAGCUGGUGGAGGGUGUGAUGAACCAGGCUGGGCAGGAGAAAGUAAGCGAGGCCCAGGACGUGGUGGACAAGCUGGAGGCCGAGAUCUCGGAGCUGAAGAGGAGAGACAAGGACAUGAAGGAGGUGUUCCGCUGUGAAGACAACAUCCACUUCCUGGAGAUCUGUGAGUCUCUGUGCAGCCCGUUUGAGUGUAAUGAUCUGUCGUGUGUGGUGGCCAAUCCAGAGGCUACGUUUGAGCCUGUACGUGAAGCCAUCCUGAACCUACGGGAGAGAGUGGAGGACAUGUGCAACGUGGAACUGGGCAAGAUCACCAAGACAGUGAAUGACACAACACUGUUCACCUUAGGAGACAAAGCAAAACAAAAUGGCGGCCAGAAGACGGGAGGGUUCAGAAGUUUGUUUUCUGGUCUGGGAUCCAAAACAACAACAACAAACAACAACCGUCCUGCAGCUCCCACACCGACUGUCUCCGUGGCGGUUCGAGGUCCUAACUCACGUGGUAGGGUGAUGUCAUGUGGUGUAGGCCUGCGCUCUCAGGAUGUUAGGAGCAGAGAGGAACCACGAGCUGACAGAGACAGGCCGAGGAGAGAGAAGAGAGAACCAGCCAGAGAGGCAGCCCCCAGACCAAGCACCAGAUCUAGUCCCACUCAGAGUCGGAGAAAGCCAGCCAGAAAUAGCCCUACCCAAAGUCGAAGAGAGACGCGCAGACGCAGUCCCAGCCCCACUCCAAGUCGUAGAGAGCCAGCCAGACCCAGCCCUACUCCCAGCCGGAGAGAGACACCCAGACCAGAACCCACCACCACCCCUACCCACGGUGCUGUUACCCAAGCCACCCCAGCCUCAGGAGCUUUCACCCGGAUGGGAUCCAUAGCAAGUCUCUUCCGUUCCCAUCGACGUGCCACACCGGCACCUGGGCCAGUCAACAACAACACUGGUGGAGUUAACCCUGGGCCAGUCAACAACAACACUGGUGGAGUUAGCCCAUGGGGGAUGGGUGCACUGACGGAAUCCCAACCGGAAGUGAAUACCAGCCUUUUCCUGGAUCCGCCGACCCCUGACCCCAUCAUGAAUCAGAUGCCAGCUUUCCCUGCAUUGAGGGAGAUAGACAUCUCCAGCAUCCAGGCCCCAGAGCCCAGGAGCAGAGAGGAGUUCCUGCAGUAUGCCUGUACCCUGACCCUAGACACGAGGACAGCCCACCGGCGUCUGACCCUGUCGGAGGGCAACACCAAGGCCACCCUACAGGGGGCAGGGCAGCCCUACCCAGACUGCCCCCAACGCUUCGACGGCUGGACCCAGGUGCUGUGCCAGGCCCCCCUUUCCGCCCAGCGAUGUUACUGGGAGGUGGAUUGGCGGGGGAAGGGGUCAUCAAUGGGCGUGGCUUAUGGAGCCCUGAGCAGGAAGGGGUCGGACGCCAGGGCGGGGCUUGGCUACAACGCCCAAUCAUGGAGCCUGGAGCUGUCGGAUACGUGUUGCACGGCAAUGCAUGACAAUGAGAAGAGGGACAUCCCGGUGACGUACUCGCCGCGUCUGGGGUUGUUCCUGGACCUCAACGCGGGCACCCUGGCGUUCUAUAGCGUGGCGGAGAGCAUGGCACACCUGCACACGUUCCGGGCCAACUUUACACAGCCACUGUAUGCGGCCUUCGGGGUGGGAAGUGGGGUUGGUGUUGGACUGGACUUCGCUCUGGGUCAGUUCAGCCAGACAUCCGACAGCAUCAAGAUCUGCCCCAUGUGA